UGUUAAGAUCGCUGAAGGUAAAAUUAUCUUUUAAUAAGAGUUUUUUCUUGCGCUGCAACUCAGUUGCGGUUGAACAGUUGAUCGGAAACGAAGCUCAGCAAAAUGUGCGUGGAAAUGUCUCUUGUGAAUAAGAGUGCUUUAAUUACUGGCGCCACUGGUGGAAUUGGUCAUGCUAUUUGCAGGGAGUUUCUCAAGCAUGGCGUGAAGAAUUUAGCGAUUGUCGAUCUUCAUCCUCAGGAGCCGAAGAUUGUGGGUGAUUUGAGGAGAGAAUUUGAGGACGUUUCCGUGAGAUACUACCAAGUUGACGUGGCGUCGCAUGACGAGAUUGAGAAGUGCUACGAAGAGUUCACCAAAGUCAUCCCGAGUCUGGACAUUGUCGUGAACUGUGCCGGAAUCUUUAACGAGAGUCAGUAUCACGCGGUGGUGAAUGUGAACCUCAACGGUGUCAUUGGAUCCACUCGUCUGGCGAUCGAUCACAUGAAUGUCAGCACGGGCAGAGGAAAAGGUGGAUGUGUCAUUAACAUCGCCUCAAUUGCUGGCUUAACAACACUGAGCUGCACUCCAACUUACUCCGCGACCAAGCAAGGCGUGAUUGCCUAUACGCGAGCAGUGGCUUUCAAGCGUGAGAAGCUCGGCAUCAAGUUCUUGACCAUUUGUCCAGGAGCAACACAAUCGCAAAUGUACGAUCAAUCUGCAAAGCCCGAAUUCUUCUUCAUGAGCAGUGCAGAGGAAGUCCAAGGAUUUCUGGACAGAUUCCCAAAGCAACAAGCGCAGAAUCCUUGUGAAAUUGGAAAAGCCGCUGUGAAAAUCAUAAAAGAGGCUGCGAAUGGAAGCGUUUGGAUUGUGGACCGAGGCGAACUCUCUGAAGCUCAUGUCGCAGACCCGAUAUUUUGAAUACAUACAUAUAUCAUAAAAAGCUCACAAAUCUCCAUGUAAAUAAAAUCUUGAAUAAA